AGGUUUUCUUCGCGGAUCUUUAGUUUGCUUAUUUAUGCAAUAAACAUUCUUAUAAUUGCAUUGCAUUGCACUGGAGCAAGUUAUGAAGAAAAGUGAUGCAGCACUAGCAGCUCCUCACCCAUCGAAAAAAACGGAGGAAGGUCGAGACCAGAAUGAAGCGCAGCAGAGCUGUGAAUCAGAUCAUCAGUAUCAGAUUACAGCUGGGGAAAAAUCACUGAGUCCAUCACAGAACAUCAGCCAAGAGCGAACUAAAGCAAGUCAAGCCCGGCCGUUCACGUGCCUCCAGUGCGGGAAGUCCUUCAAACGCGCCACGGAUGUCAAAGGUCACCUGCGCUAUCACUCAGGCGAGAGGCCUUUCACCUGCGACCAGUGCGGGAAGAAAUUCAUCUUGGCGUCGCACUUAAAAACACAUCUCUCCAUUCAUUCAAACGAGAAGCCUUUCUUGUGCUCUGUCUGUGGCAAGAGUUUCUCACGCCUCUGUACUUUCAAAGAUCACGAGAACAUCCACACCGGCGUGAGAGCGCACACUUGCUCCGAGUGCGGGAAUGCCUUCGUCACGGCCAACGCACUGAAGAUGCACCAGCGCGUUCACACCGGAGAGAAACCCUACAAGUGUUCACACUGCGGCCGGAGCUUCAGUCACUCGGGAGCGCUGAAGAGACACGAGCGCGUUCACACCGGAGAGAGACCCUACCACUGCCCUCUCUGCGGCCGGAGCUUCACACAGUCCAGUAAUCUGCUGACACACGUCAAGAGACACUGUCCGAAGUCACGCUGAUCAAACCAGGACCACAUGUGAACACAUUCAGAAGCAAAGACAGUUAUCCCAGUCACUAGGGAUGUGACGAUGAACCGCGAGCCGGUUGAAAAUCGAUUCAAAUCGGUUGAGAUGCUAAACAAAGUUUAGAUGGUAUUUUUUUUCUGUUCAUCUUGCCUCUCUAUAAUGCAUAUUAAAGUUCAGAAGUGCAGUGCU